AUGUCGUUGAGAUCUCUUGGUUUGAACUCAACCUUCAGCCGCAUUUUUGCCAAGUCCGCUGACUCGGUCAAGGCUGUCCAGUCCAUUGUCAACUUCCGCAAGCAUCCACAAGAAUCUUUGGACAAGAUCAUGACGAGAUGCGACUCGGAAAUGGGUGGAUAUUCCACCGUUCAUUUUGACAUCGACCAGGAAUCUGGCUCCGGAAGAUUCCAUGGUUACUUAAACUUGGAUUUACCCAAAAACAAUCCCGAGAUCACGAGAUCGGGCUAUGCCAUGUUCAGAACCAAAGACCAAAAGGAGUCGUGGCUCUCUGGAGAUUCUUACUGGGACUGGUCUGAGUACAGUCUGUUGGUGUUGAGAGUUAAAGGUGACCGUAGAAAGUACUUGGUUAACCUUCAGGCAAACACUCCUUUGGUAACGGACUUGUUCCAGCACAGGUUGUUCUUGCACCAUCCCGGCGAAUGGGAGACGGUGGUGAUUCCAUUAAACGACUUUGUCAUGACCAAUUGGGGUGUAAUUCAGGAUGGUAGCGAGUUGAACAAGUCCGAGGUAAAGACCGUUGGAAUUGGGUUGCUCGACAAACAAUACGGACCUUACUCGUUGAACGUGGACUGGAUUAAGGUGAUGACUGGUGCUGAGGUUGAGAAAGUUGCUACUAAGUCGAGAAAAGAGAGAUUGGCUCUUCAGCACGAUGCCUCGCUUGACCACGACCACAAGGAUAUGGAGACUAACAUGCCUACAGGAAACGGAGGCUCUGCACUCAACACGCACAAGUUUGAGGAACCAAAGAACACUGUGAUUUAG